CGUCGUAGACGAGGGAAGCGUUUUUUCCCUCUUUGGUUUUGCUUCCGCCCUCCAUUCCAGCUGAAAUUCAGUUUGUGAGAAGCCUAUUUCGUAGCCCAACACUGAAGCCGCAAAGUACAACCGGUUCUUAUUGGUGUGUGAGAGAGAGCCGGUUGUUUUUAUUUGCGUCUGCUUUCUUCCAACUUUUAUUUGUGUAACUUGUGAGUGUAUUUUAUUCAUGCUUUGCAUCAUAGCGUGUUCGCGAGCACAAUGCUACGGUAAAAAAACGUAAAGCCAUAUAGAAUUUUGAACCCGUCGCGUGUGAUGCAUCUCGCAGUAGUCCGGUUGUAGCACAAAGCGAGAGCUCGCGAGAGGACUUCGGCCACCAACGCCAACUACGUGUGUACUCAAGAAGCGUUCCAGUUCGAUGUGUGCAUUGCAUUGUUUGUCAUCGCGUUCGCGCCGCGUGUACCGUAAUAAAUUAUUUUAUAUACGUGCGGUCAUGAACAUGAUUAUGAUGACAUUUAAAUUUUAGUUUUAUCGCGAUAUCACAACCGUUCGGAUGCUUUCAAUACCUUUCUCCGCGACGUGUUAAGCAUGGUGAAUGUGAAGUCCAAUAUUCCAAUAAGAUUAGUUGGAGCUUGCACAACAACGAUAAUUUUAUGAUCUACCGGAAUCACAUGUAAAAUUUGCCAAACCUGUGAAAGAUAACUAACCAUUGUGCAACGAAGAUUUACCACGUGAAGCUUCUAUAAAUAAAUACAGUGAGAUUCUUUAGCAAAAAAGUAGGAAGUACCGGCGGCAUUUUUACUUGAUAUGAUAAAAUAGUGUAUUAGUGAAUGGUGUCGUGUUUUUGAUGGAACAUGUUUUUGGAACAAACCACUAGCAUUGCCAAAUAAAGGAAGAACGCAUUGUCGAAUAAUAGUUAAACUCAUCCGAGUGAAUCCAGCCUGCCUAUAAUUUUGCCAAUAGUAAACAAACAAUGAAUUUAGACUCGAUUCCAAGGCCAGAAACGAUUCACGUCGCAGCUCCAGGAGCUACAACACGUCCACCACAAACCAUGCCCCAACGAUCACCUUUCGCUAUCCAGGAGCUGCUCGGGCUGAGCGACAGCUCCCGACCCAGUGGAGUUGUAUCCGCCGUAACACCAUCUCUUUAUCCGGGCGUAGGACAAUCUCCAUUCUCAGCGGAUCAGCAUCAAAUGCAGAUGGCAGCAUCGCGAAUGGCCUAUUUCAACGCUCAUGCUGCUGUCGCCGCCGCUUUUUUGCCCCAUAAUAUGGCAGCUAGCGCGGCCGGUGGUCCACUGCAACUUCAUCACCAGAGUACUGCUGGUUUUCCUCAUUUAAAAUCUACAUUUGGAUCCGCUACAAGCCCAUGUUUACCAGGAGGAAUGGAUUCCAGUAAAGAUUAUACGAUGGACAAUAUCAAUGGAUACGGCAAGAAGAAGAAAAAGAAACGAAGACAUAGUCGAACCAUAUUCACAAGUUACCAGCUAGACGAAUUGGAGAAAGCGUUCAAAGAGGCCCAUUAUCCCGACGUGUACGCCAGAGAGAUGCUGUCCCUUAAAACAGAUCUUCCAGAGGAUAGAAUACAGGUAUGGUUCCAAAAUCGGCGAGCCAAAUGGCGCAAGACUGAAAAGUGCUGGGGUCGAAGCACAAUAAUGGCUGAAUACGGACUAUACGGUGCUAUGGUCAGGCACUCACUUCCACUGCCGGACACCAUCCUCAAGUCAGCCAAGGAAAACGAAUCCGUUGCACCGUGGCUACUAGGUAUGGAGAUGAAAAGUAUGCACAAAAAGUCGCUCGAAGCGGCGGAAACACUUAAAAACUCGGAAGAUAACAGCGACCGAGAGGAAACGAGAACGGAAGGGAGUGACAUUAGUGCUGGAUCUAGUUUAAACAAUCACGGAAUGUCACCAAUAAAGUCCCCUGGUUUAAUACCAUUAGGAAGCACGAAUAUGGGUAGUACAAGUGGUAGUAUUAACCUGAGCUCUAGUUCGGGAAGCAAUAUACAUAAUGCUCAUCAUAAUGCAAAUCCUUCAACAAGCGGAAUCUCUCACCUGUCACCAACGUCAGCUCACUCUCCAAUCAAUAGCACCUCGACAGCUUCGAUAACGCCACCGCCUCCAACGCCCGCACGGCAGCGAUCCUCUCCACUGGUAACGCUAACCGGUCAACCCCAGACAGGCUCGCUGGCGCACCCACAUCAUCACCACCACCAUCCACAUCAGACACACCAUCAUAGUCCCGUGGAUAGCAAAGAAUUUAAAGUCGCCGGUAGCAGUCCAACUGGAAGUAGUUAUCACCCCGAAAACGACCCUGAGGCGUUCAGGUGGGUUGACUACCGAGAUCCAGUUUCGUAUAUACGAAACAACUCAAUUGCUUGUCUACGUGCUAAGGCGCAGGAACACCAGGCCCGACUACUCAACAGUGGCCUUCUGUUGCAGGUUCGUUCACUGGCAGGACUACAAAAUCCGCUACAUCACAAUUCCCACGGUAGUGGUGGCGGUACAGGGAGCAACAUGCCUUCGCCAAGCCUUUGUGACACAAACGGAAACAACCUCAUGCUCGCCAGUUCCUCACAGCAUUCGUCAUCACAGGAAAAUCUUAACCUGGCAGCAAUUGAUCGGCAACGGUCCGAGGCAAACAGUAGCAAUGGCUCGGCCAUUUCGAUAAAGUGCCGCAGCAACAGUCCAAAUGUGUCCACCUUUUGACAUUAGAAUUGUUAGUAGUGAAAUUAUUGCCUCACCCUACUACUUUCCCCAGUGUACAGCGAUAGGCACAGUCAUUAGCUGAUAAGAAGUAUCCUUUUCCGUUUAUUUUGAGAAGUUUUUGAAUAAUAAACAAUUAAAGUUUUUGCCAAAGUAACGGCUGCUUAAUCCUUAGUGAAUCCACUUAAAACCUUGAAAGUUAUUCUGCGUAUUAUUUUUGCUGAACCUAACAUGACACACUAACCGUUAAAAAUAUUUCAUCAGUGUACUUAUGAUUCCUUAAUCUCGUACAUUCUCGCUCCAAUUUCUCAAGUCAAGUUUGUACAAUCAAACGUCAAAGUGCAAUGUCACGAGUAUAAAAUUGUCCAGAACGAACGUACUUUAAAAACUUCUGGCUAACCUUAUUUUCUUACAAUGUUAUACACAAAUAAGCCACCGUAAAUGUAAAAAGCCUAAACAAACGCCGAUUUUACAAUUGACACACUUUGAACAGUUAAUACGUAACUACCAAAACCCCAGCAAGUGAUUGCUCAACCCUUUUAAUCUAGUUCGAGAUCUCCGCGGACAAAUUUAUACGUCGAUACUUUCCAUUUAACCCCAGUUCCGACAUCGGCACUAAGCAUUACCAAAUCAACUUGUAGAUAGAACAACGAGGAAACAUAAAUCGAAUGUAACAGAUAGAGAAAACUAAUGGCUUCAGCCAUCUUUUUGCUACCUUAGUAGAGCACAGUCAUUACAUUCGUACUUAUGUGCAUUACAAUAAAUGUAAAUAAAAAUAGCAUGGUACAGAACUAGACGGAUCUGAUUUUCAAUGAAAAUGUAACAAAAGGUUGAGCCGUGGUCGUGUGAUGCCGGUAAUGUUUGACUUUAGGACACUUGCAAUAGUGUGGUGUAAAUGUACAUGAUAAGAUAUAAUGAUAUUAAAUAUAGUUCUAAGGAUUAUCUCCACUUUAUUGUAAUAUUCCAAUUAGAUCGUACUUAGAAAGUAUCGAAAACUAAAAAAAUACAAUGAUCACUGAACUCGUGGAAGAUUCUGUAGUACGUUUUAUUUAUUUGCGAAAUUAUCGGCCCGUUUACACAUAAAUAAUGUUCCUGUUGGGGUGUGGUGAAAAGUCGGCAGACAUCUCUGAUUGCAGUGUAAAAUAAUGUAUUUUGGAAUAAAGACCUACGGAACAGUGUUCAUCUUUUUGGAUUACGCUAUUUUUUAUUCCAAAAUACCAAAUAUAAUGCAUUCAUAUAGUACAAAACACUUAUAAAAGGCUGAGUUAGGUAUAAUGAAUCUUUCCGAAAAGUUUCCAAGUCUUUUAAAAAUUGAAGCUGUUGGUUAGACCAGUGUCUGCCAUCUUUUUUCAACGCAUUGAGUUAUAAUAUUGGUUCUUAACAUCGAAGCAAAGCUGUUGAUGAAAAUUUGCACGCAUUCCAUCCACUGUAGCCCGAGUAGUUAAUGAAUUAGUUAGGCACGCUCCCGAAUAUGGUGAAAUAGGCACCUUACCUAUCAAUGAGACGUACAUUUGCAGUUGGAGCUUCAAUAGAGGUAGAAUAUGGUAUCCUUGUUGCUAUUCGUCAGAUAAUUGUUGAUAAUCACGACACUCUCGGUCUGACUAUUUAGUAACCAUAUCGGCGGACACGGAAGUGGUUCAGGGAGAUUUCCUGAAC